AAAUUUGGCUGCAAUUUGUAAAAGAAAAGAUAAAUAAAAUAAAACAGACGUGAUCGUCGUAAGUAGGAUAGCUGACUUUUUAAGAUGGUGUAAUAUCCGUAAUAACUAAUGAAUUACCUCACAUAUGUCAGAUAAUUGUAUUAUAAUAUUCACUUACUAAAUGUCAAACUGGCAUUAUGUGAGGUUUUAAUUUGAUAUUUUCUUCAAAGAUGGAUCGAUCUGAUACUGAUCACAAAUCGAGAAGUUUAGAACGCAGAUUAUCAGUAGGAGGCGAGUCAUCUAGAUCUUCAAGUAGUGAUAGUGUGCCUGGUGAUCACAGUUGUGAUUUUGAGCCGGCAUUAGAAUUUGAUGACACUGAGUUAGUUCAUGCAGUAGAAGCAGAUAUGGAUUUGGAUAAUGAUAAAGAUACUGUAAAUACAGAUAGUGAUCUACUGGAAUCCCCAAUGUCCGAUGGAUUAAUGGAAGAUAAUUUUGAGGAAAUCCUGGGAACUGAUGCAUUCCAACCUGAUAUUGAUGGUGAUGAUGAUGAAGAUAAUGACAACAAAGCUGUAGAAGCAGAAGAAGAUGACUUUUCAGAUAUUGCUCAGUAUGGGAUUAUUGAAAUUGCUGGUGAUGAUUCUUAUGGCCGAAAGGUCAUUGUUAUAUCUGCUUGUAAAUUGCCUUCAAAUAAAGCUUUUAAUCAUGCAAGGUUUCUAAGGUACCUUAUGCACACUUUAGAUCAGUUUGUAGAAGCUGAUUACACUCUUGUAUACUUCCAUUAUGGAUUGAAUAGCAAAAAUAAAUUACCUCUGAGUUGGCUUUGGGAAGCUUACAAGGCUUUUGGAAGAAAAUACAAGAAAAAUUUGAAGGCUUUGUAUCUAGUCCACCCCACUAAUUUCAUCCGAUUUGUUUGGAGGUUAUUCAAGCCUGUCAUUAGUGCAAAAUUUGGAAAGAAAGUUAUGUAUGUAAAUUAUUUGCACGAGUUGAAACAGCAUCUUCAUUUUGAUCAACUUGCCAUUCCAAAACCUGUUUUAGAACAUGAUAAAAAGUUAGUAGCUCUGUCAAAGAAUUCUAAGUUAACAUCUUCUAGUUCUUUCCAUACCAACAUACCAUCAUUUGAAACUCAACAGUUCAGAGUUCCAAUAUCUUAUAUAAAAGAACAUAACAAAGGUGACGUCAUUCCACGUGUCAUGAGAGAAUGCAUUGCCUAUUUAGAUAAUGACAAUGCAUUGGAAACGGAAGGUAUAUUCAGACGUUCAGCCAACACCAAAAUAGUACAAGAAGUCCAGGCUUUAUUUGAUGAAGGUAAACCUGUAUGUUUUGAUGAUUAUGGUGAUAUCCAUGUGCCUGCUGUGAUAUUAAAGACUUUCCUUAGGGAGCUGGAAGAGCCUAUACUUACAUUUGAGUUAUAUGAUGAAAUUAUGACUUUUCAAGAAUUGACAUCAAUUGAAAAAUUACCUGUUGCCAAAUCCUUGAUAUUGCACAGACUUCCAGAAGAUAAUUAUGAAGUGUUAAGAUAUUUAUUUGAAUUUUUAGCUAAGGUGAUAGAUCGCAGCGAUCUAAAUAAAAUGACAGCAUCGAAUUUGGCUAUUGUGUUUGGACCAAACCUAUUGUGGGCUCGCAACAAACAAGCUUCCUUGUUUUCCAUCACCAAAAUCAAUCAUUUCACUGAGUUCCUGUUAAAGUAUCAUGACCUGAUUUUUUCCAAGUAGGAAUUCUAAACAAGAAUACGCAAGAAAAAAGGGCAAGAGAAAAAAUUAAAAAGGUGCUAUGAGACUUAAAUUGUCGACUACAUUCACCGGUGUCUAAAAUUAAGAUUACAAGGCCUUCUAUGAGUAUUGUCAGUAGUUGUUGCUGUGCUGGGAUUAAGAUUGCUAUCUGUUCCAGUGACACGCACAUUGAUGAAUAUGGUUGUUUCCUACCUUAUUCUAUUGUGUCAUUGCUAAUCGUAUUACGGUACCUGGCUUAGGAAGUCGAUAGAUAUAUUUACUCUGAUAACUGUUUGCUCAAAGAAAUUCUCAAUGAUUUAGUUAUUUAUAUAAUUUAAUUCAGGUUUGAUUGUGCAUAUCAUUCAGGUUAGAAAGUGUUUUGAUUGAUGGAUAUUUUUAUAAAAUCAACUACAGCAUAAGAUAGUUAUUAUAAAGAUAAAUAUUCAGAAUUUUAACGAUAACUCUGGUUUGUGAACUGUUUUGAAACUAAUGUUUCAAUAUAAAUGUUUCAAAUAAAAAUAGCAACAGAUAUUUAUAUGACUAUCUUAUGUAAAUACUACAAGAUUGCACAUAUUCUUCAAGAGAAAAAAUAGUAUUAUAAAUAAUUUUAUAAAAAUUUUCUGUUAAACUAUUUAUUGUUUAAAUCUACAUUCUCUUUUUUUUAAAAAAAAUGGAACUGUCAUAAUAUUUGUAUAAUAUUACUUUUCUUAAUAUUUAUUAAAAUUCUUUGCUAGGUUUUUGUCUCUUUAUGGAAUAAAACAGCAUUUUUUGAAAGUUGAGUGCAUUUCAAAUAGAUUUUUUUAGAACGUUUAUUUGCUUGUCUUUUUAGGGUAAUUUAAUCAGAAAUAUUCUUUAAAUUUUUCUUAUUUAAUGAGAACAUUUUAAUUCAGAAAUAACAUUUUUUAGAUUCUUAUUUUGUUUCUUUAUAUUGAAGUGACUUAUAUUGAUAAAGGUUAUAAUUAUGAUCAAUUUCUUUUUUUUUAAACAUACAUUACUGAUAAGAAGAAUUUUGGAUACGAUUUUUUGUCAUAUGCUUUUUACAUUUAUUGAUUUCAACACAAAUUUUUUUGUACUUAGAUCAAGAAAAGAACAAAUUCUUUAUCUUCUUUUCUUAUUAUAAAUAUAUUUAUUUUGUAAAAAUGGAGAGUUAUUAUUAUUUGUAUGAAAAUUUAUACUCUGUUGCUUUGAAUACAGAAAGCUAAAUUGCUUUAUCAGUAUUUAGCAUUUAGUGCAAAAGUCUAAGCGAUAGAAGUACACCAAACAAACAAAAAAAAGAAUUAAGAUUUUUAAUAUUUAUUUUUCUCUCAUAUGUGUAUAUAAAUUAUACAUGGAAAUAUUUCUAUUCUUUAAACAAAUAAGUGAAUAUUUAUCUGUAAUUUUAUUUUAUUCUAAUUUAUUAAUUUUUCUUCAUUCUUAUUACCUGUCAUCUGAUAACUAUUUUAAUUUAUUUUUGAUUUUGCUUUAUGGAAGGUUUUAUUCUAAUUAAUGUAAAAUAAUUUGGUAAUUUUAUCAAAAUUGAAUAAAUUUUUUAAAGUAUAUCAGUAGUUUUUUACAUUUAAAGCUUUCCAAAUAUACAAAAAAUUAAAAAAAAGAGUGGUCAAAAUAUUAGAGCUAGUCAUUAAAUAAUGAACUGAAGUAUGGUCAUGGCAUUGUAGGAAGUGUGUUUUGUACUAUUCAGAAUUUUAACAAUUGAAUGAAUGAUGAAAUAGAUAGUUGAGUUAGUGACAAUACGAUUACUGUUGUUGGAUUUAAAUGCUAAUCUAUAGUUUUGAAAAAUACUUUAUUUCUUUCUUAAUGAUUAAAAAAACAUCCUUGUAUUUUCUAAAAAUUGAUUGCAAUUUAAAAUAAUAUUAUCUAAAUAUAAAUUAUGGUUGGAAAUUUGUAAAUUAGAAUAUGAAUUCCUUUUUUUAUUGUUUGAGAUUUUUUUGUUAUUUUUAAUAUUAAUAAUUUUAAAAAAAAUAGUGUCUGUGGUUGAGAAAAGAAAAAAAAAUUAUUUUUUCUUUUAUAUACCCCCUUUUUUUAUAUUUUGUAUGCUGUUCUAAGAACGUAUAUAAUCUCUAAAGUUUAAAGCUUUCUGGUGUAGGUCAAGUUUUGGAUUAUAAUCAAGAAGUGGUUUAGUAAAACCAGUGAUAGUUUUUCUCAUGGGUGCAAGAGACUCUUACCUCAAGACCUUGGGGUAGAGGACUUAGUCUAUUCAAAAAAAGAAUUGCAAGGCUGAUUUAAUGGCAGAAUUUUCAAUAUUAAGUUGGGAGUGAAAUCUCAAAAUAAUUUUAUGUCUGUGGCCUCAUAUUUUCAAAAACUACCAGUGAGUAAAUUUUCUUUAUCUUAUCAAAUUUCUUUUUUUCUCUUUCUGCUUCAAAAUGUAUUAGCAUCUCCCUUAAUUAAUAUUAAAUAUAGAUUUUUGUAAAGAUUAAGUGCAUUAUAAUUACUAUUAUUUUCUUAUUGCUUUUAAUCAUUUUAAUCUGAAAAAUAAGAAAAAAUUCAAUUUAAAACUGACUGAUAAAAAUAAAUUUGAAUGAAAAAAUAAAAUAUAAUUUUUAAAAAUUGUUUUUUCUUCAAAAUUUCAAUUUAUACUAUCCAUUUUAAUCUUACCUCAAUCUUUAAUAGUUGAGAUACAGGCUAGACUCAGAUUUAAUCUGUACCUACUUAACGAUACUUUUGGAUUGCUAGAUCUAAAACUGCCUUUUUGUCCUUUACAAUCUUUUUUAUAUAUAUUUUGGUGAACUAUAUAAAUACAGAUCCAUAAUUUAGUGAUAUACCAACUAUUUCAGUGAAAUUAAGUCAUCUAUGUUUUUCUUAAACUAUGCUAUGCCUGUUAUUGAUCCUGUAUUCAAUAAUUAAUUUAGUUCAUAUAAUUCUUCUUUUAUUGUAUAAAAAAUUUUUAAUUAACAUGAAUUAUUUAGUACAGAAUAAUAAAAUUCAUUAUAUAGUCAACAGUUGAAUGCACUAUUCAUUAGUAAACAAACCCUAAAAAAUAAUAAUAAUUUGAAAUGAAGUUAUUUUCAUGAAAUGAUAACUAAAAAGAAAUCCAUUAUUGUAUUUUUUUUAAAAAAAAGUAAUAAAAUGUGCUGUGAAAUGGAUUGUAGUUGAUUCGGUUGUACAUUAUAAACUGCUGAGGCUUUGGUAUAGUUUUCAAUAAUAAACCUAUAAAUCUUUAAAAUUGUUAUUUCCUAUUUACAUAACUAUAUUCAGUUAUAUGGUAGAAGUAAAUGUUAAGCUAUAAAAAGAUAAUUAAUUCAGUGCUUUAAAAACUUUUUUUUUAAUAUCAGAAAUGCAUUUUCAUUGAAAUAUUCAUCGAUAUUGGAAACUGCAAUUUUGAAACUUGAAUCUGAGACAUAUGAACAAAUGAGAUUGAAGGAUAUGCACUUAUUCAUUAUUGGCUUUUGUGGUAUACCACAUUUUACUUGAUAAUCCUUUAAUGAAACUGAAUAUUUCUUAAGUCAUUUCCUUAGAUUAGAACAAACUUCAGAGCCUUUUAAUUAAGAAUUUAUUUAUUUAUUCUUAUAUUUUUUUGGUAUUAUAUCAUAUGUAAAAUAUGUAGACUUUAUAUUUUGUGUAAUGUGUGAAUGAUGAUGAUUAGUACAUAUGUGAGCUUGGACCUGUCGAUUUGGAUGUUUUAUUUAAUCUUGUAUAUAGUUAGAUAUCAGUGUAUUAUUUAGUAUAGAUCAUUGCUAAAUGUGAUAAAAUUAUUCAUUGUCUUGUGAUUAAAAUAAAACUUUAUGGAAAUUGUAUGUAUUAAGUUCUGUGUUUGCUGUAAAAAGUAUGCAGUAUCAAAAAUAAUUAUCAUUAUGUGUUUAUUUUAAUUUGUUAUGCCAUAUGUUUUGAGCUUUAACAACAAUCAAGCUUUUUCUAAAUUUUAAGUACUAAGAAACUUGUGAACAGCAAUGGUAUUACCUCAGAAUUAUGUGUUAGUAUUAUUUUCUUAAACCAUAUAAUCUAUUAUUACAUCCAUUGAUUCACUCUGGUUAAUCAUCAGCAAAUUAUAUAUUUUAUGAAUAUAAGUGUAAUUACAAAAUAUUAACUAAAUUUCUAAAAGUAUUACUAAUAUGAAAAUAAAUUAUAAUUCUUAAAAAAAAUUGAAAGCCCCCCAAAAAUUAGACAUUCUUGUUACUUGUUUUUUGUAUUACGACAUAACUUUUAUACAGUGGUCUAGUUCUUGUUACCAAUGUUAAAUUGUAUUGUUUUUGUUUAUAAAAAUGCUGAUAGAAAGAUCCAGCUAUGUGACUUGCAGUAGUACAGGUACAUAGUGUCUUUAAUGUAAUCUCAUUUGAAGUUAUUACAGAAUACAGGAUCUGAUUACCUAGAGAAUCAUUAAAAAAAAAAACAGGUUAUGUUUCUAGUAAAGUAAUUUUUGUAAUUAUUGUUUAACUCAAAAAAAAAAAAAAAAAAAGAAAGAAAAGAAAAGAAGGCAUUCUAUUUGCUGGAUGGCAAAAAAGUGAAAUAAUAAAAAUGAAAAUUAGGUAUUUGCUUCUUCCUUCAGUUAGCAUUGAAGAGUGCAAUUAUAUUUUUUUAAAGUUAUAUUAUUUCAAAAUAUGAUAAUUGUUUGAUAAUUGCCCUCUAAGUGCAGUUCAACCUAAUGAUUGCACAAUUUUUGCAAUGGUACUAAAAAGAAUGUGUCCCAUAUCUUGUUAAUGUAUGAGUAAUUCUAUAGUAAAUUAAUUAGUAUUAAUUUCUGAAGGAAUUUUUGAAAUUUUUUAUUUUUACCUUGCAAAUGUUUGGGUGCCUUAAAAAUGAGGCCUGAAGAAAACUAAACAGUUCACCAAUUAUCAGGUUUAGAAAGGUGCUUGUUAAUAUUCAUGCUACCAGGGAUGCUCUCCUAUCAAAACCGGUUAAAUUAGUUUUGGUAAAAUAUAUCUCUAUAUUAAAAUUUAUUUUGUUUGCCCUGAUAAAGGUAUAUGUUGAGAAUUCUUUUUCUUUGCAUGUAAAAAAAAAAAAAAAAGCAUUAAUGUUAUGAUCCUUUCCCUUUAAAUAUAUUAAUCUUGCAUAUUAGCUGAAUCAUCAGACAUAAAAACUUUACUAGAAUUUCUUACUGAAUUUGACAUUGAGCUGACUUGACUGCGACUAACAAUUGUAUAUUUUUAUCUAUAUGGAAGAAACAGCAUUUAGGAAUUUCAAAGAAACAGUUGUAAAUAAGUAGGACUCGGAAGAUUUUCUAAUGUUUCAGACUAACUCUACUUGUUGUAGGUUUUCUGUUAGAAGUAUAUAACAAUGAAAUCUAUGAAUCCAAAGGAUCUUAAAUCAUCAAAUUAUAAUUAAAAAUGUAUGCACAACAAUUUUUUCAGAGAAAUUCAAAUAAAACUUUGAAAACUCCAAAAUAUCAAUCAGUUUUGUAAACAAAAGUAACAAUUUAUAAUUUGCUUUUAGAGACAUUCUUAUAUUAUUCAUGUGAGGUAUUCGUAUAAUUUUACAGUUUGCUCUUUUAACUUGUAAAGAAUAUACAGAAAUAUGUAUACUUCUCUAAUAGAUCUAUUUUUUAAAUAUUUAAAUGUAAAAAAUUCUGUUAUUAUUUUAUGUAUAAAUUUAUGAAUUCUAAAUACUUUCUCUUUUUUUACUCUGUUUCUUAACUCUGAUAAUUAAUUUUUAAUUGCUUAACACAUACUUUUUUCUUUGAAUUCAAAGGCAAAACAUCAAAGCAGUUUUUAAAAAUUUUAAUUUCAUAAGCUGAAAAUUAAUGAAAAAGUUCAAAGUAAAACUUCUGUAUGUAGCAAGUUUUGAAGUGUAAUUAUUUCAUAAACAAUUUCAAGUUCAACAAUAAGUUGACUUUUGCCAUUGAUAUUAGAGAUGAUGACUACAGCUGCUCAAAUGGUCCUAUUUUAGAUUCAUAUUAGAAUAAGAUUAUUUAGUGUUUAUUGAAAUAAUUUCAAUUGUAUUCACUUUCAAUUCAAUUCAAUUCACUUUUCUGAAAACCAACUUUUAUAAGUAUUAAGAAUUUAACAUCACAAGAGAAAACUAGUUUGAAGAAAGGUUUGGGGUUUUUUUUUUAUGAACCAUAGUAUCCUUAAACAGCUGUCUUCCACAUAUCAAGAAGUUUUGUUGACAAAUAUCUUGUAUAUCAAUGGCAACUCAUGCUAUGACAACAACCAUAGUCUUUUUAAACCUGAAUGAUUCUUCCUGAAAUGUUGAUCUACUUUCAUGUAUUUUAUUUCCAUCGAUGCUGAUGGUUCUGUUCUUAAUUUGUGAGCUUUAUAUAUUUAACAUACACAUUUUAAAUCCAGGUAAAUUUACAAAAUAAAUUGAAUUUUAAUAUUUUUUCUUAAUAUUUACCAUAAUCAUUGUUCUCAUGUUAAAGUGAAUAGGUGUAAUGGAAGAAAUAAUUAUAACUCAUACAUUCAACUUCUUAACUUAUGAAAGUUUUGCACGUAUUCUUCAUAUUCAUUGCACACUUUAUUGCUGUUCUCGCAUCACAGAAAACAUAGGUGUUUGCUUGUUUUGGUUUUGUGAUCUAGUUGGUAUAUAUCUGAGAGCUUGAUAUUUGUUUGUUUUGCUAUUGAUUACUUAAAUUUGUACAUAUUUAUGAUUUGUUUUUCUUUUGUUUCUGACGUUGCAAAUACAGUAGAUUGGUUUAAAAAUAGACUUAAGUCAUACUUUGAUAAUUUUCUGUUUGUUUCAAAUUCUGAUGGUAUAUUUUUCUUAAGUAAUGAGUCUGUUCUGUUUAUGUUUUGAUCCUUUUCAUUUAAGUUUAAUAUAUUUUUUAUGUGUAUAGAGAUCUCUGUGUAUUAUUCAAAAAUAUUAUGUACAUACUAUUCUUUUGUACAAUUGUUCUAUUGGAUUGUUUAGUAUCGCAUGUUCCCAAACAUAUUUCACAACUUUUUGAAAAAUCAUUUAUUAAUUUAUUCUUUCUUUAGAUCUGGAAGUUUUAUUGAAAUAUUAAAUAUGAUUAUUUUUAUAUUGCUUGGAUAGAUACAUAAAGAGUCUAAUGUGACAUUUUAGAAGCUAGUUUUCUUUUUGGCAAUAGCUUAGAUAACUUUUCACUGUUAUUGAAUAAUGUUUGAUUCGUAUUUUAUUUAAUUUUCUAGAUUUUUAUUUAGUUGUGUGCAAUAAUUUUUUUUAAAAAUCUUUAUAGGUCUAGUAUUUUACUUUUUUGCUUAUUUAUUUAUGAGAAGUUUAAAAAUUGUAAAUAAGAUAUAUUUCUAAUUCACCUUUUUAUUACAUUUUACCAUUUGAAGACACUUUUAAGGUUUUGAAAAUAAUUUAUCUUAUGAUUUUUUUUACACAUUUUUAUGUUUUUAUCAUUUUUUAUUUGUUAAAAUGGAGUUUGGUUAUCAAAAUUUCACUCAUUUCCUAAUGUAACAGACUGUCAAAAAUUUGUACUUUUGUGUGUACUUGAUAAUAGUAUAUAAUAUUUUGAAAAUUUAAUUUAAAUUAAAUUAUGAUUUCACUUCAAUGGUUCUGCCUGGUAGUAAAUUUGAGGUUUGAAAAAAUGAUUUAAAAAUUCCAUAUUAUUUAUUUUAAUGAAUUAUAAAUUAAGACUUAAAAACAUAGAAAAUAAUUAAAAUAAAAAAAGUUCUACUUUUUUAACACAUUGAUCAAAGUGUCUUCAAAGUUAAUCAUUUUAUUUAUUUCUCAUACUUAUUUGCCAGUUUUAUUUUUAUUCUUAAGUUUAUUUGGUUUGGGAACAAGUGAUAUCUGAUGAGCUUUGUUAAUUAACAGUUUUGUUUUCUAUUGUACAGGAGAAAUAUGCCAUAUUUUGUUAUUCAGAGCUUCUAAGGAACUUUUGUGUGUGUUAUAUGACCUAUUGAAGAAUAUCGAAUCUCAGAUAUUUAAUUAUUGUUGCAAUACCAAUUAUUUUUAUUAUUCAAUUUUAUUUUUCAAAUACUAUGAUUUAUAUAUUAUGAUGUGAUGGGAAACUAUUGGAUAUUUAUGAUGCACAUAGCUGAAUAACAUAGAUAUAUAUUUAACAACUUUUUGACCCGAAAGGUGCAUCCCAUGGUUAUAUGUUAUUAUUACAUUAAUAUAGUUAACUCAUUUUUUUGAGUGAAUUAAUGAGAAUACUCCAUUCUUAAAACUUUUAAAUCAUCUUUGUAGUUGUAUUGAAAGAAGACAGAAAAUUUUGUAUGUAAUGCUUUUCUUUGUAUUAUGCAGAAUUUGCCCUUACUAAGCAUUUAUACUUGUACAAGAGUUGUUUCGUAAAUGUGUUACUGUAUGUACUCAGAAUCAAUAUUAAAUCUCUCUCUACCUUUUUUUCAAUACUAGUCUUUAAAAGUAAGCAGUUUUAUACUGAGUAAACCCACUUGUCAAAGUGAAUUAGCUUACAGUUUGGAGGUUUUAAACCAAAAUAUAUAAUUAAUUUUAUGAUGGCUAGUUGACCUUUAUAGAACGUUUACAAACUUUUAAUCAGUAACGGAUAUUUAUUGUAAAUUAGCACAUGAAAUACAGUACAUUUUGACAUUC